AUGCAAGGCACUGCAGAUAAUAUACCUUCAGCAGACAUGGCCGAUCAAUACGGAAUUAAAACUGGAACGUCUUCUAUGGAGAGGUAUAACCGUAACAUCCAGUCCGACCACGGUGAGCACACUUACAAUAAUUUAACGAGUACCUCGUUAUUUUCGGAACCCACUAAUACUCGGGACAAUUUUACUGAUCAUAGUAAUAUCAUACAAGAUCUCCAAAUAAACGUAUCUUCGUUGAGUCUCGCAUACGGGAUAUUUAACGAUAUGAUGCAUAAAUUAAACGAUGAAUUGGUCAAAGUUAAAAACGAGAGAGAUGCUAUGGCUAAUGAAAUUAAGAUGCUAAGAGUUUCAAUCGAUGGUAUUCGUGAAUUGUUGGGUCGAAAACUGGACGAUGGCUUUUAUAACGUUGCGGCGGAGGUUCAAGAGCGGUAUGAAAGAUCUAAGAAUAUAUUAGUUUUCCAUGUUCCCGAUUCGGAGGAUGAGACACCAGAGAUGUUGCAUGCUGUCGUCGUUAAUUUACUGAAGGUUUUGAAAUAUAGAUAUGACUUCCCGGAAAUUAAACGGUUAGGUAAUUAUCGUGGAAUGAUUCGUCCAAUUCGAAUGAUAUUUAAAUCGACUGAUUGUGUCCAGAUGGUUUUGAAACAUAAAACUAAACUUCAUUCUUCGGAAUAUUUUAAAAACGCUUGGAUCGGAGAAGACAAGACAAUUACCCAGAGGCUUAAAUUUAAAUCUCAACCUCGUCAAUCAUCGGAAACCAAUGGAAAUAAUGAAAUUCAAUAUUGA